UUCCCGGAGCCGGCCGCGAGCGCCGGGCCGACGGGGAACUCCAUUUCCCGAGGUACCUAGCAGCGGGGGCCGAACCCCGAGGCGGGGAGGCCGGUUCCGGUUGCAUCAGCGUGGGCUCCAGGGCGAGAUGAGACUGUUCGUGAGCGAGGGCUCCCCGGGGAGCCUGCCAGUGCUGGCUGCGGCCGCGAGGGCCCGGGGCCAGGCGGAGCUGCUCAUCAGCACCGUGGGCCCCGAAGAGUGUGUGGUACCAUUCCUGACCCGGCCUAAGGUCCCCGUCUUGCAGCUGAAUAAUGGCAACUACCUCUUCUCAACUAGUGCGAUCUGCCGGUAUUUUUUUCUGCUCUCUGGCUGGGAGCAGGAUGACCUUACCAACCAGUGGCUGGAGUGGGAAGCCACAGAGCUGCAGCCGGUGUUGUCCGCUGCCCUACACUGUCUAGUGGUUCAAGGGAAGAGAGGAGAAGAUGUGCUUGGCCCGCUUCGGAGAGCCCUGACUCACAUCGAUCACAGCCUGAGUCGUCAGAACUGCCCUUUCCUGGCCGGGGACACAGAAUCUCUAGCUGACAUUGUUUUGUGGGGAGCACUGUAUCCAUUACUGCAAGACCCAGCUUACCUCCCUGAGGAGUUGGGUGCCCUACAAAGCUGGUUCCAGACGCUGAGUACCCAGGAGCCAUGUCAGCGAGCUGCAGAAACUGUGCUGAAGCAGCAGGGUGUCCUGGCUCUGCGUCCCUACCUCCAAAAACAGCCCCAGCCGCAGCCCCGCCCUCCUGAGGGGAGGGCUGUCAGCAAUGAACCUGAGGAGGAGGAGCUGGCCACCCUGUCUGAGGAGGACAUUGUCAUGGCUGUGACUGCUUGGGAAAAGGGUCUGGGAAGCCUGCCCCCACUGCAGCCCCAGCAGCAGCCAGUGUUGCCUGUGGCUGGGGAAAGGAAUGUGCUCAUCACAAGUGCCCUCCCUUACGUCAACAAUGUGCCCCAUCUUGGAAACAUCAUUGGCUGUGUGCUCAGUGCUGAUGUCUUUGCAAGAUACUCUCGCCUGCGCCAGUGGAAUACUCUCUAUCUGUGUGGGACAGAUGAGUAUGGUACAGCGACAGAGACCAAGGCUAUGGAAGAGGGUCUGACCCCACAGGAAAUCUGUGACAAAUACCACGCCAUCCACGCUGACAUCUACCGCUGGUUUAACAUCUCAUUCGAUACUUUUGGUCGCACCACCACGCCACAGCAGACCAAAAUCACCCAGGACAUCUUCCAGAGGUUGCUGACGCGGGGCUUUGUGCUGCAAGACACCGUGGAGCAGCUGCGGUGUGAGCGGUGUGCGCGAUUCCUGGCCGACCGCUUCGUGGAGGGAGUGUGUCCCUUCUGUGGCUACGAGGAGGCCCGAGGUGACCAGUGUGACAAGUGUGGCAAGCUCAUCAAUGCCAUUGAACUCAAGAAACCUCAAUGCAAAGUCUGCCGGUCACGCCCUGUGGUGAGGUCCUCUCGGCACCUGUUCCUGGACUUACCUAAGCUGGAGAAGCGGCUGGAGGACUGGCUGGGGAAGACAUUGCCUGGCAGUGACUGGACACCCAAUGCUCGAUUUAUUAUUCGUUCUUGGCUUCGAGACGGCCUCAAGCCACGAUGCAUAACCAGAGACCUCAAAUGGGGAACCCCGGUGCCUUUGGAAGGCUUUGAGGACAAGGUAUUCUAUGUCUGGUUUGAUGCCACUAUUGGUUACCUGUCCAUCACAGCCAACUAUACAGACCAGUGGGAGAGAUGGUGGAAGAAUCCAGAACAAGUGGACCUUUACCAGUUCAUGGCCAAAGACAAUGUUCCCUUCCAUGGCCUGGUCUUUCCCUGUUCAGCCCUAGGAGCUGAGGACAACUAUACCUUAGUCAAGAACCUCAUUGCUACAGAGUACCUGAAUUAUGAGGAUGGGAAAUUCUCUAAGAGCCGGGGGGUAGGAGUGUUUGGAGACAUGGCCCAGGAUACAGGGAUCCCUGCUGACAUCUGGCGCUUUUAUCUGCUGUACAUUCGGCCUGAGGGUCAGGACAGUGCCUUCUCCUGGACAGACAUGAUGAUUAAAAACAAUUCUGAGCUGCUUAACAACCUGGGCAACUUCAUCAACAGAGCUGGCAUGUUUGUGUCAAAGUUUUUUGGGGGCUGUGUGCCUGAGAUGGUGCUUGCCCACGAGGACAGACGCCUGCUGGCCCAUGUCUCCUGGGAGCUCCAGCACUACCACCAGCUGCUCGAGAAGGUCCGGAUCCGGGAUGCCUUGCGCAGUAUCCUUACCAUAUCUCGACAUGGCAACCAAUACAUCCAAGUGAAUGAGCCCUGGAAGCGGAUUAAAGGAAGUGAGGUGGACAGGCAGCGGGCAGGCACAGUGACAGGCGUGGCAGUGAACAUCGCUGCCCUGCUGUCCGUCAUGCUGCAGCCUUACAUGCCUACAGUUAGCGCCACCAUCCAGACCCAGCUACAGCUUCCACUUCCCGCGUGCCGCGUCCUUGUCACCAGCUUCGUUUGUACCUUACCAGCAGGUCACCGAAUUGGCACAGUCAGUCCUUUGUUCCAAAAACUGGAAAAUGACCAGAUUGAAAAUUUGAGGCAACGUUUUGGAGGGGGCCAGCUAGAAGAGUCCUUGGAGUUAAAGGCUAAAGGAUCCCCCAAGCCAGCAGCUGUGGAGGCGGUUACAACAGCUGGGCCAGCGCAGAUACAGAUGUUAAUGGAGGAAGUGACCAAGCAGGGCAACAUAGUCCGAGAGCUGAAAGCCCAGAAGGCAGACAAGAACCAGGUUGCCGCAGAGGUGACGAAGCUCUUGGAUCUAAAGAAACAGUUGGCUUUGGCUGAGGGGAGACCCAUGGAAACCCCUAAAGGCAAGAAGAAAAAGUGAGAGGGUGUUCAUAGAAAGUCAUUUAAUGGGUAUGGACAACAAUAAAGAAUGUACACUAUA